AUGAAGAAUAAAACUGAUAUAGUGGAAUUGUUUAGCGAGGCUCAAACUAAUAAUACUUAUUUAAAAGUUUGCGCACCAAUGGUCAGAUAUAGUAAAGUACAAUUCAGGACACUUGUUAAAAACUACGGAGUUGAUUUGUGUUUCACUCCUAUGAUAUUAGCAGAUUCUUUUUGUCAGAACUCUAAAGCUCGUUACAAUGAGUUUGCAACAACAGUUACCGAUACUCCUUUGAUUGUGCAGUUUGCUGCCAAUAAUCGUGAUGAUUUUGUGGAUGCUUCCAAACUAGUCUAUGCAUAUUCAGAUGGAGUAGAUUUGAAUUGUGGUUGCCCACAGAAAUGGGCUAUGAAAGAUGGCUAUGGUUGUGCUCUAUUAUCUAAACCAGAACUUAUACAUGACUUGGUAAAAGGAAUCAGAAACAAUCUGCCUAAUAGCUUUAGUGUAUCUGUAAAGAUAAGGAUAUUGAAAGAAUUAAAUCGCACUAUUGACAUGUGCCAGAAGCUAGAGAAAUGUGGAGUAAGCUUUUUGACUGUGCAUGGGAGGACACCUACUCAGAAAAGUGGUGAUAAAGUGGAUACAGUGGCUUUGCGUGAUGUGGUUGAGUCUGUGCAAAUACCUAUAGUUGCCAAUGGUGGUAUCAAGACGUUGGAUGAUGCUGAUGAUCUCUACAGACAGGUCAACUGUAGAGGAGUAAUGGCUGCCAGUGGCAUCCUCACUAACCCCGGACUCUUCAGUGGAGCAACAAGGACUCCUUUAAGUUGUGUGAAAAUGUGGAAGGACAUGAAAGAUAAAGAGAGUGACAAAAUAACUUUUCAGUGUUACCAUCAUCAUUUAGUGUUUAUGUUAGAAAAAGUGUUGACUAAACAACAAAAACUAGUGUUCAAUCAUUUAAGUACAUUUGAAAGUGUUGAUGAGUUCUUAAAUGACCACUUAAUUAGUUUAGUUGAUGGUGAAUUAGAUUUUAAGUACAAUUUAGACGAAUUUGUUGAGUGUGAGUUUGCUGAUGAAAUUACUCUGAAGCAUUCCACAAAAUGCAGGGGCUGUGGCAAAAGUCUAUGUUACUGUAUUUGCAAUACAUAUGAUCCUAAUGCAACAGAUGGUAAUUAUUUUGUAUCUUGUAUUAAAGAUAGUGAUUCACUUGAUUACAUGGAUUGCAAUAUUUUUGAUGAAACUUGUUAA